UUACACAAAUUUGACUAAAACUAAACAUUAAAUACGGCAACAAAGCAGAGGCGUGCGGGAAGGAGGCGGCCCGGCUCUUUGUACGCUGUUAUUCCACCGUGGAUCGGCUUCUUAUAGAUAUAUAUUUAAUUAAUCUAGAGGAGGACUGCUGCUGAGGCAGCACAGAGGGGUGGAGUCCAGUCCCACAGCCAGGUGCGGCACUUUAAUGCUUCAGUUGGAUGGUUUUCCUACUGGAGACAGUGUUAAGGCUGAUCGAUCGGCUGGCAGACUGACUGGAUCCAUGAUGGAAUUACAGACGUUACAGGAGGCUCUGAAGGUGGAGAUCCAGAUCCAUCAGAAACUGGUUGCCCAGAUGAAGCAGGACCCUCAGAACGCAGAUCUGAAGAAGCAGCUCCACGAACUUCAAGCAAAGAUCACAGCACUCAGUGAGAAGCAGAAAAAGGUGGUGGAGCAGCUGAGGAAGGAGCUGCUGGUGAAGCAGGAGCCAGAGGCCAAGCUGCAGCUGCAGGUCCAAACUCCUCCAGUAGGUGGCGACAUCAAACCAGCCAACCUGCUGCAGAGCCAGCAGAUACCUGGAGGACUGCAGCAGACGCUGACGGUCACACCAGUCCUCACCACGAAGACUCUACCUCUGGUGCUGAAAGCUGCCGCCACUCCUGCCCUGCCCGGCUCCGUCCUGCCACAACGCCCGGCCACUGUCGCUAUGGUAACCACAGCUAUCACCAAACAGGACUCGCAGAACGCUCCCAUCAACCUGCAGGUGGCCAGCAAGCUGACCAACCAGAGCUCAGAGCCUGUGCGGCUGGUAUCCAAAAACGCCAUGGUGGUGCAGGCCACCACCACCACCACCACCUCCGCCCAGCCAAUCAAAGUUCCUCAGUUUGUCCCUCCUCCUAGACUGACGCCUCGACCCACCUUUCAGCCACAGGUCAGGCCCAAACCGGCCACACCCACCAACAUCCCCAUUGCCCCGGCCCCUCCCCCGCCCAUGAUGGCGGCCCCCCAGCUGCUCCAGAGGCCCGUCAUGUUGGCCACCAAGCUGUCGUCAUCCCUGCCCUCGGCGGCCCCCAUCCAUCAGGUGCGCAUCGUGAACGGACAGCCCUGCAGUAAGACCGGCUCCACCCCCCUGACGGGGAUCGUCAUCACCACGCCCGUCUCUGCCGCACCCACCCGCCUCGGCAGCCCUGCCCAGGCACCCAACCCCUCUACCAUCCCCAACCCGACUCCCGCCCAGCCGAUCCAGAUCAGCAGCCUGACACCUGAGCCCAAGACUGUUAAAUCAGGAGGCGGAGCUGAGCCGAAGGCCGUUGUCAGCCUCCCCUCUUCCUCCACCCCUCCGUUGUCUCCAGCUCCCAGACCCAAGAAAGAGGAGAACCCAGAGAAACUGGCCUUCAUGGUGUCUUUGGGGCUCGUAACACACGACCACUUGGAAGAAAUCCAGAGCAAAAGACAGGAGCGAAAGAGGAGAACAACGGCCAACCCGGUUUACAGCGGAGCUGUGUUCGAACCUGAGAGGAAAAAGAGCGCAGUGAGUUACCUGAACAGCCCUCUGCACCAGGGGACCAGGAAGAGAGGUCGCCCACCCAAAUACAGCAGCGUCCCGGAGCUGGGCAGCCUCACCCCGACCUCCCCCUCCAGCCCCGUCCAUCCCCUCCCCCUGCCCAGCCCCAGCUCUGGGGAUGGAGACAUCCAUGAGGAUUUCUGCACUGUGUGCAGACGCAGUGGCCAGUUGCUCAUGUGCGACACGUGUUCUCGUGUUUAUCACCUGGACUGCCUGGAUCCACCCCUGAAAACCAUUCCUAAAGGCAUGUGGAUCUGUCCAAAAUGUCAAGAUCAGAUCCUGAAAAAAGAAGAAGCCAUUCCCUGGCCCGGGACCCUGGCUAUCGUUCAUUCCUACAUCGCCUACAAAGAAGCUAAAGAGGAGGAGAAACAGAAAUUGAUGAAGUGGAGUUCUGAACUGAAACUGGAGCGAGAGCAGCUGGAACAGAGAGUCAAACAGCUGAGCAACUCGAUAACAAAAUGCAUGGAGACCAAAAACACCAUCCUGGCUCGUCAGAAAGAAAUGCAGCUUUCCCUGGACAAAGUCAAACACCUGAUUCGCCUCAUCCAAGCCUUCAACUUCAACCAAGCUCUGGCAGAGACGGAGGGUAAAGAAGUCAGUGCCAGAGUCCAGGACAGUGCUGAAGGUGCGCUCAGCUCUGAAGCUGCACCAGAAGCCAACUCUGUAGAGAAAGUGAAAGCUGCAAGCUCAUCAGAAAACAGCAGCAUUGAUGGAAAUGACAAACAAGAGCAGCAUGCAGCCGCCGGCAGCAACCAGACAGCAGCAGCAGCAGGAGGAGACACUGACGGCCAGCCUGUCCUGGAAGACGGUCCGGUCCAGGCAGCAGAUACCAGCCCCGAUGUAGGGGCAGGGGGUAAGGCCAAGCCUAGUGUAGGGGCAGGAGGAGGGGGAGGGGGUAACACAGAGACUGUUCUACAGGCUGAGGUUAUGGCCAAGCCUGAGACAGCUCCAAUGGUUGACAUUCCAGCUGCCACAGCGGCCGCGACUGUUGCCACCACCAAUGGUACGGCAGAGCCGGCCUGCCCUGACCGCAGCCCCGGAGGAGACUGCACCACUAACACCACCACCAACUCUGAGAACAAGAUGGCUGCCGUCAAUUCUCCAGAGACAGCGGUGGAGAAGAAACAGGAGGAGGUCACUGACAGUGACGGCAGCAACACCAACAACAGCAAAACCUCAGAACCCUCCCAGCAUUCUUUGCCAGCUCUUGUCAGCAGUUUGGACAAUAAAAAGUAA